AUGGCUGAAAUCCUUGACUUAUUAUCAUGUAUUACAGAAAGUGUUGCAAACUGCUAUUGCUGUAGAAAUUGUUUUGGGUGUGCUUGCUCUAUUUUGGAACUCAAAACCAUAAGACCUCAACUCUAUUCUGCUGCUGAAUAUUGUGAAAAGUCUUAUCUUCACAGUGAACAGAAACAAAUGGUGCUAGACAACCUGAAAGGUUAUGCUGUACGGGCGCUUGUCAAUGCUGUUGACCACAUUGGCACCGUUGCCUACAAAUUAACUGACCUUCUUGAGCAACAAGCCUCGGAUGUUUCAUCCGUGGAGCUGAGGGUUACAUGUUUAAAUCAGCAACUUCUAACAUGCCAAACCUAUACGGAUAAAGAAGGUCUCAGGCAGCAACAGUUAUUACCAAUCAUCCCAAAGCAUCACAAGCAUUACAUCUUGCCAAAUUCAGUAAACAAGAAGGUGCAUUUUAGCCCACAAAGACAGACGGAUGCCAGACAAAGUCAUAUUCAAGCAAGAUCUCGUCUUUAUCCUUCAGGUACCCCAGCAUCAAGCACUCUGUCUUGGCAUUUAGCAUCAGAAACCAAGUCUACCUUGAAAGGGACUUCACGUGUGUUGAUGAGCACUGAAGACUCGAAAACUUCUGGGGUGUUCAAUUCGUUUGACGGGACAAGGACGAAAUCCUCACCAGCUCACCGUCAGUUGUCCAAUCUGGGGCCUGCUUCAAUUGCAGCUAUGCAAACAUUAGGUGCCAUACAGGAGGAUUCUCAGGAGGGCUCCAAGUCUUUGACAGCAUUCCGAUCAUUUGAUAACCCACGCCGACGUGAGAUUGUCCACGCCCCAGUUCGCAGCAAGAGUGUGCUUUCUGCUUUCUUUGUUAAACAGAAGACACCGAAAUUGAAGGCCACAUCUGUCUUGUGA